GGCUGGGAGCGGGGCCGGGGGUGGGCGGCCUCCAGUCGGGCUGCGGUUGCGGGAGAGGAAAGAAGCGGCCGGAGAGAGAGAGAGAGUGAAAGGAAGAAGGCAGCCUUGAUCCGACUUGGUUGUCUAUGUCCAGGAGGCCUCAUUCAUGCAGAUGCAACAAGAGUUAGAACAGUGUGAACCCAGAUAGUCAGGCGGCACAGCAGGAUGCCGUCGACCAACCGAGCAGGAAGCCUAAAGGACCCAGAAAUAGCAGAACUCUUUUACAGAGAAGAUCCUGAAAAGCUCUUUGUAGAUUUAAGAGAAAUUGGCCAUGGCAGCUUUGGAGCAGUUUACUUUGCACGAGAUGUCCGCACGAAUGAAGUUGUGGCUAUCAAGAAGAUGUCCUAUAGUGGCAAACAGUCCAAUGAGAAAUGGCAGGAUAUUAUCAAAGAAGUGAAAUUUCUACAGAAAUUAAGACAUCCGAAUAGUAUUGAAUACAAAGGCUGCUACUUACGGGAACACACAGCAUGGCUGGUCAUGGAGUACUGUUUAGGGUCGGCUUCAGAUCUCCUAGAAGUUCAUAAGAAGCCUCUCCAGGAAGUUGAGAUAGCUGCCAUCACCCAUGGUGCUCUGCAGGGAUUAGCCUAUUUGCAUUCCCAUAACAUGAUCCACAGAGACAUAAAGGCAGGCAAUAUCCUGCUGACAGAACCGGGCCAAGUAAAGCUAGCUGAUUUUGGGUCUGCUUCCAUAGUAUCUCCUGCCAAUUCAUUUGUGGGGACACCAUAUUGGAUGGCUCCUGAAGUGAUUCUUGCCAUGGAUGAAGGACAGUAUGAUGGUAAAGUGGAUGUUUGGUCCCUAGGAAUUACAUGCAUUGAAUUAGCGGAGCGAAAGCCCCCUUUGUUUAAUAUGAAUGCAAUGAGUGCCUUAUACCACAUAGCACAGAAUGAGUCACCUGCUCUUCAAUCCAAUGAAUGGUCUGACUACUUUCGAAACUUUGUAGACUCCUGCCUUCAGAAAAUUCCUCAGGACAGACCCACUUCAGCGGAACUUCUGAAGCAUGCUUUUGUCAUUCGAGAUCGUCCCGAAACAGUGUUGAUAGACUUGAUUCUGAGAACGAAAGAUGCAGUCAGGGAGCUGGAUAACCUCCAGUAUAGGAAGAUGAAGAAAAUUCUUUUCCAGGAAGCACAUAAUGGGCCUGCAGUUGAGGCUCAGGAGGAAGAAGAGGAGCCUGAUCAUGGUGUUGGUAGGACGGGCACCGUUAAUAGCGUGGGCAGUAACCAGUCUAUACCAAGCAUGUCUAUCAGUGCUAGUAGCCAAAGCAGCAGUGUCAAUAGUCUUCCAGAUGCCUCUGAUGAUAACAGUGAGAUUGCUAUGAUGCAGGAGGGAGAUCAUACUGUGAUGUCAAACAGCUCAGUUAUCCACCUAAAGCCAGAGCAGGAUAGCUAUGGCGAUGAUGGUGACCACAGAGCUAGAGGUUCCGAACCACAGUCACCGCCUGCUGUUUCACGCCACAAGUCGCACUACCGUAAUCGAGAGCAUUUUGCCACUAUACGCACAGCUUCCUUGGUCACGAGGCAAAUCCAAGAACACGAACAAGAUUCUGAGCUUCGAGAACAGAUGUCUGGCUAUAAACGUAUGCGACGCCAACACCAGAAACAACUGAUGGCAUUGGAGAACAAGCUGAAAGCUGAAAUGGAUGAACACAGGCUGCGGCUGGACAAGGAGCUGGAAACACAACGCAACAGCUUUGCAGCAGAGAUGGAGAAACUCAUCAAGAAGCACCUGUGUAUAAUGGAAAAAGAGAGCAAAGCAGUUUCUACUGAAGAAAAGAAAUUUCAGCAGCACAUUCAAGCACAGCAGAAGAAGGAAUUGAACAGCUUUCUGGAAUCCCAAAAGAGAGAAUACAAACUGCGUAAGGAACAGCUGAAAGAGGAGCUAAGUGAAAAUCAGAGUACCCCAAAGAAAGAGAAACAAGAAUGGCUGUCGAAGCAGAAGGAAAACUUCCAGCAUUUCCAGGCUGAAGAAGAAGCGAACUUACUGCGCCGCCAACGUCAAUACCUAGAGUUGGAAUGUCGACGCUUCAAACGGAGAAUGCUCCUUUCACGUCAUAACCUUGAGCAGGAUCUUGUGCGGGAGGAGCUGAAUAAGAAGCAGACGCAGAAAGAUCUGGAGCAUGCAAUGCUGUUGCGCCACCACGAGUCCAUGCAGGAGCUGGAAUUCCGCCACCUCACCAACAUCCAGCGAAUGCGCAGCGAGCUCAUCCGACUGCAGCAUCAAACCGAGCUGACAAACCAGCUGGAGUACAAUAAACGGCGGGAGCGGGAACUGCGCCGCAAACAUGGAAUGGAAGUCAGGCAGCAGCCCAAGAGCUUGAAGUCAAAAGAACUGCAAAUUAAGAAACAGUUCCAGGAUACUUGUAAGAUCCAGACACGACAGUACAAGGCCCUUCGUAACCACCUGCUGGAAACCACCCCCAAGAGUGAACAUAAAGCCGUGCUGAAACGAUUGAAGGAUGAACAGACACGAAAACUGGCCAUCCUUGCUGAACAGUACGACCACAGCAUUAACGAAAUGUUAUCAACACAAGCGUUGCGCCUGGAUGAAGCUCAGGAGGCUGAAUGUCAGGUGCUGAAAAUGCAAUUGCAACAGGAACUUGAGCUGCUCAAUGCGUACCAGAGCAAAAUUAAAAUGCAGACCGAGGCACAGCACGAGCGCGAACGUAAGGAGCUGGAACAGAGAGUCUCAUUACGCAGAGCUCUACUGGAGCAAAAGAUUGAAGAGGAAAUGUUGGCACUACAGAAUGAACGCACUGAGAGGAUACGAAGCUUACUGGAACGUCAGGCCCGAGAAAUCGAGGCUUUUGACUCUGAGAGCAUGAGACUUGGCUUCAGCAACAUGGUCCUUUCUAAUCUGUCUCCAGAGGCUUUCAGCCACAGCUACCCCGGAGCGACCAGUUGGUCUCAUCAUCCCUCUGGAGGAGGUGGACAUCACUGGGGUCACCCCAUGGGCGGCCCACCUCCUGCCUGGGGACACCCUAUGUCAGGUGCGUCCCACCCCUGGGGGCAUCCUGCUGGUCCAGUUGUUGCUGUACCUAGAGGACCUCCUAUGGGGGUCCGCAACAGUCCCCAAGCUCUGAGGCGGACAGCUUCCGGAGGCAGAUCUGAACAAGGCAUGAGCAGGAGCACAAGUGUCACAUCACAAAUUUCCAAUGGGUCACACAUGUCUUACACAUAAUUCUAAUAGGUUGAGGGAGGAGUUCCAUCAUUGCUGUCGUGCGUGCCUCCAGGCUCUGCAGAAACCCAGGCCCGCCCAUUAUGCAUCAUUUUGAAAGCAACUCUUUUUUUUGGUACUGCGGUUGGGAUGCAGAGAGCAAAAUGCGUUGGCUAGCCUUUCGGGAAAAACAGGUUUUUCAUUUAUUGUUAACUCAGAAUUUUUCCGUUUGACAUCACCUUGCAAGUUAUCUUCUAUCAGCCCUCAGGAGGGGGGUGGGGGCAGUGAAGGAAGGCGAGAAGAAAAUCUUUGGUGAAUUUAGGUCUGUCUAGCUGGACAAUAGCAGCCUCUCACAGUAACGCAGUCCUUUUUUUUUUGCCUGUAUAGUACUGACAUCGUUUCAAAAUUCCAGCUUUUUUUCAGUGCACUGGAAAUUUCCAUUUGAAAGUUAUUCUUGGUUUCUACCGGCCAUCGUGCAGUUGUGUUUCCCCCUCCACCCCCCACAAGGGCUGUGCCAGUAAUCUAGCCAGCUGCUAACCAAUGUCUGUCUGCCCAGAGCACGUGCCUGCUGAGAUAGGUAUGUAUGAGAUUAAAUGGAAGCAUAACAGGUUUAGCUUCCGCUCCAAAAGCAGAUGCACGAGUUCAGUAAACCGGGGACGCUGAGCUGUGUCUGAAAGUGGACGCUUGGUAUUUUGUUCUGUACGUACAGCCACCAACUUGCAUUUGUUUAGUGAUGAUCACAGGUCAAUUGCUCGCUCCUCUGGCAUUUACCCUCUCCUGCAUUAUCUGUGAAUUAUUUAGCCACUAACCUGUCUAGACUAUGGAUAGUUAAUAGGAUAAAUAUUAAUUUUAACUAAUGCAUAAUUGUGAUGCCAUAAGUAAAUCGCCAAAUCAUAGAUAAAGCGAAACUACCUUCUGCUAGCUGUUUUUCAGGUCCCAUCCAAUAACUUUAUUUUACUCAUUAGGUGAAGCAUUCUCCUUUUCCAUUCCAUUGCCACCCCCCCCCCCCACACACACACACACACACGCACACACACACAAGCACAUACAUGACAUUACCUGGCAUGUUACAUGGCUCACAAAUGGUGCUACGACACCAUAGAUAACCUGUUUCAAAUGUGUGGCAUUCACAUACUGCCGUGGAAGGCAGGUUGAAGCUCCACAUGUAAGAACUAACAAAACAUAACUACAUAUAUUACUCUUGAAAACAAUUUCAAUACAGACACUAUUUUUAAAUUAUACAGAUAGUAUAAUUUUAUUUUUUAAUAAGUAAAACUACAAAGCGUGCUUGUAAUAGGCUGUUGUACAAUGUAUUCUGAUCCCUGACGCAUCUCAGAAGGACUUUUACAUUGUGCAGACUUGGUCAUGGUUUAUGAAUUGUACAAUACUCUAUUUCCACUAUGCUGUGAACCUUAUUGUCCCUUAAGAAAGAACACUGCAUUAGUUAAAAGGCUUCCCUAAAAUUCAGGUUACAUCAGAAAGUUUUUUUUUAAUUGAAGAAUGUAUGUAUCUGUAAAUAUGUAGUAAAUUGGAAUUGCUGAGCUGCUGGCCUAGUUCCUGUCAUUUUUUUAUACUGAAUUUAGAUUGUGUCAACUAAAGAAGAACUUAGUGCCAUUAUUAGCACCAGUGAGCAUGCCUCUAUGACUUUUUAGCAUUCUAUGUAUCACUACUACUACGCUGUAGUAUAAUGUAACAAGUCUUAAAUGUGUUCAGCAAACAAGAAAAUACAUCUGAAAGCUAAGCUUGCUUCGCUUUGUUCCAUGCUGACUGACUGGGCAGUAGAGAGUUCCGUGUACAUACUUGCAUUCCAUAUAAUAGUACUUUUAUAUAUAAACAUAGGCUGAUGUGACACAAAAUUUUGCCAAUAACCAAACUAGGGUUACUUUAUGCUACAUUAUGUAACUUGUUGAAGAAUUUGAAUUGCCAAUUACCUGUAUUUUGCCAAAUCAGCUCUGUUCAUAUGUAGGGAGGCAGGCACCUGGGGUUUUCUAUUUCUUGUAUUCCACUGUUACUUUGGCAAGGUUUGAAAUAUUGAUUGGUCUGUUUCUGCUGUCCGUUCUUAAUUUGGCAUUUUAAUGCAGGUUAGCGCCCAGUAUAUUUUUUUUACAUUUUUUCAAAAUAAUUGCAGAAUUUUAAAAAAAUUAUUAGGGAUUACUGGGGAGCUGGAAAGCAAAAACCUGUUUCAAAUUUGGGUCUGGGUGUCUGUUGCGUACAAGUAUGUCCCACAUGUAUGGUACUUGGAUGGAUUGUGCUGCAAACUGAUCGACUCUGCAAAUCGGGUUGUUCCACCUUGUCAGAUAUUCUGCUGAAGCAUCAACUGUUUAGAAGAACCUGGUAUUUAUUUUGCUCCCAGCAGCCCAAAUGUGUUGACUGGUUUGGUACAGCUAAAUGGACGCACUGAGGGCAAGUUAUUUUGUAAGGUGUAUACUUGCACUGUCCUCCAAGGGGCAGUAGUGGUGUAGUUGUAACAUCUGUUCUGUUGUGGUUAUCUGCAUUGUCAAAGGAGCUACUGCAAAGAAUUUUUUUGGGGGAAGGGGGGUGCCUGAGGGAGUAAGAGGAGGAGGACGGGACAUUUAUGCUUUUAAUUUGUGUCGCAGCAGAACUACACAGUACUGUAGAUCCGCGGCUCAAUGCUUUAUAAAAAAAGUUUCUUCACCUGUGACUUCUCCUCAUUUAGCGAACUAGCUGCUAGGUAAUGUUUUCAUUUACCUCUUACUCGCUAUAAUUUAUUUAUCAUGUUUUCCAUUUUUCGUCCACGCACAGUUUCCCCCCUCUUGAUAGCUUCUCCCAGACGGUUUACCAAUGCAUUUUUGAAUAGACCUGUAAGUGGCAGGGUGAGUCUCUGUCAACUUUCACCCUUCCUGCAUUUUAAGUACCUGAUCUCCACUGGAGACUGAUAGCACCCUGGAGCAGAAAUCCAUUAUGUGUCAAUAUUUGACUUAAAGUUAAAAGGAUUUAUAGGCACUGAUGAUGAAAGGGAAGGCUGUGAUCUCCCCAGCAAUCAGUGUAGGAUACACUACCUUAUAUCAGCAUCGUUUGUGCGUAAUUGCUGCAUUUCGCCCACAAAAUAUACAGUUAAUUCACUUUA